GUGUAAGAAAACACUUCCUGGUUCCCUGCAUGUGAGCCUCGUCCUUGCCGCAGCAGCUGACCGGUGAUCCGCUCGCCAUCACGAUGCUUCUGUCCCGCAGAGUCAAGUUCUGUUCUCUGGCCUUCACCGCCGCCCGCCUGUGCAGCAGCGGGCCCGCGGCCGCCAACGCCAACCCCACGGUGUACUUCGACAUCUCCGCGGACAACGAGCCGCUGGGCAGAGUCACCAUGGAGCUCAACGCCGAUGUUGUGCCCAAAACCGCAGAGAACUUCCGGGCGCUGUGCACGGGGGAGCAGGGGUUCGGUUACAAGGGGUCGAUCUUCCACAGGGUGAUUCCUCAGUUCAUGUGCCAGGGCGGCGACUUCACAAACCACAAUGGAACUGGAGGGAAAUCUAUCUACGGGCGGAAGUUUCCUGAUGAGAACUUCAAACUGAAGCACACUGAAGCAGGGAUCUUGUCCAUGGCCAACGCUGGACCCAACACCAACGGAUCCCAGUUCUUCAUCUGCACCGCUAAGACUGAAUGGCUGGACGGCAUGCAUGUUGUGUUUGGCAGCGUGAAGGAGGGACUGGACGUGGUCAGGAAAAUGGAGUCUCUCGGUUCACGGAAUGGGCGAACCUCCAAGAAGAUCACUAUCACAGACUGCGGGGAGCUCAAGUAGACGACGGGUGAGCGGCAGACACGGCCCCCGCCCCCAGUCUCAUCUCCUGUCAUUUCAAUGUGAGGGUCCGAGUGAAACGGGCCCAGUCGUGGCUCAUGGUGCUGCUCCUCUUUGCUGAUACCAGAUGAUCUCAGAGUUUUAAUUUAACUCUGUAACAACGGAUGCACUUAACUGUGUCUCGCUAUAAAAUGUGAACUUGUAUUAUAGAAUGCAGGGAUCUGCUGUUUAUCGAGAGGAAGCUUUUCAUUAAAUAACUGUAUCGGAAAAAAGCCAUUUGUUUGCAACAAAAAAAAAUAAAAGAACAAAUGUUUUUCUUAA